UAGAAGGAAGUAUACCAUGAAGCCACAGUGAUCAGAUCAGCAAUCCAGUCCUGACUCUAAUCCUCCUAUGGCGGACUCUCUUGUCCUAGUACGACACCUCCGCCCCCAUCAAUCCCGAUUGCCUAUCUACCAUCCCUGCACAAAAAAACGUUCUCUUUCAUUCCCUGGGUUCGGCUAUCGAGUCCAGCAUUGUAUGGGACAGUGUCUACUUUGUCCGGAUCGCAGAGUAUGGCUACGAGUACGAGCAGACCUAUGCUUUCUUCCCCCUUCUUCAUCUUUGCAUGUCGUUCUUAUCCCGCACAGUUUUGGCGCCAUUGGUUCCAGUUUUGGCGCCAUUGGUUCCAGUUAUUGGGCAAAGAGCUGUGUUGGGAUUAUCCGGCUAUGUGAUUAAUAACAUUGGCUUCGUGUUUGCGGCAGUUUAUUUAUACAGGCUUUCAGUUGUCAUUUUGAAGGACCAAGAAGCAGCAGUGAGGGCUUCGAUUUUGUUUUGCUUCAAUUCAGCUUCCAUAUUCUAUUCAUCAAUAUAUUCAGAGACAUUGUUCGUCCUUUUUUCAGUUGGAGGAUUGUACCAUCUAAUAUCUGGAAAAGAUGUCAUUGCUGUUCUUUGGUUUGCUCUUUCGGGAUUUUCAAGGUUCAAUGGAGUGCUUAAUGCUGGUUAUUUCUGUUUUCAAACUAUGCAUCAGGCCUAUGAUGCUGUUUUCUUGAGAAAGCGUCCUUUUGCUGUUGUUGGUGGAGCUCUGCUCUGUAUAUGUAUAUUUGUUCCUUUUAUUGCAUUUCAAGCAUAUGGAUACAACAAGCUCUGUCUUGGACAUCUUCCAUCCGAUAUGAGGCCCUGGUGCAAUGCAAGGGUACCAUUGUUGUACAAUUAUAUUCAAAGUCACUAUUGGUAUGUGAUCUUUAACCACCAAUGCUUGUUCAUCAGACUAAUACCUUUUUUUCAGGUUUAGCUAAACGUUCACAAUCAUUACUGUCGAUUGUUGUAGAGCACUGUUACGAAAAAAGUCCUUGUCCUGCUGAUUAUUGGAAAAGCAUCACUAAAUAGUAAUAAAGGAUAGUCUAUUAUGUAUAAGAUGCAAAUUAGUAUUUGAUUUUGCAAGAAAUGGUAAUUGGGCUAGCUCUAUAUACAUCUGUACUGUUUCAUCUUGUUAUACUUAUAGUUAUACCGUGCAAAUAAAGGAUAAAUGUAAAAAAAUUGGAAUAAAAUAGAGAUAUAUUCAUAGUUGAUGGUUUACGUUCAUGCCAGGGGAGUAGGUUUCUUGAGAUAAUUCCAAGUUAAACAGUUGCCAAACUUUCUGCUGGCGUCGCCAAUAUUGUCUCUGGCACUUUGCUCAAUCGUCCAUUACGCGAAGUCAAAUCCUGAAAAUUUCUUCUCUUUGGGUUUCCGUGCACCUCUUGAGGAUAAGGAUUCUGCUGCUGUGCUAUUUUCCCUAGCAGAAUACUCCUCCAGAAGUCAGGGUUUUACUUUUAAACAGCCAUUGCUUUGUGAUUUGACAUAUUAUUACUGUCAUUGCUUUAUAGCUUAUUCUGUUGACGUAUGUGAAGCUAGUAAAUCAAUCGUUUAGCAUAAAUCAAUAUGUGCACAUGCAUCCAAUUGUUUUAUUAUGCAUGACCUAAUCAGUAUUUUUGGAAUAUUGUUUCUCUUCCAUUCAUGCUGGCUUUCAACAGCGUGUAAUCAAUCGUUUGCAAAUGUAACAGAAAAUCGCACAAGGAAGCAAGUGAACAAAGAUGGUCCUGCCUUACUCCCAGAAGAACAUAAAGUAUGAGCAAAGCAAGGAUACUUGUCUGUUGCUGUGCUUCCAUGUAUCCUACAUUUGGGAUUUAUGGCAGCCACCGCAUUUUUUGUCAUGCAUGUGCAGGUUGCUACUCGUUUCUUAUCCUUCAGCCCUCCCCUCUAUUGGUUUGCGUCGUAUAUAAUGAAAUCUCGUGGUACUGGUAAGAGAUGGGGAUAUAUAGUUUGGGCAUACUCUGCUGCGUACAUUCUUCUAGGUAGUUUGCUCUUUUCGAACUUCUAUCCUUUCACUUGAUAAUGUCCAGCAAGGAGUCUCAGCUGAGAGCUUUUCUGUCGAAGAGUUUGUGCCUUUCAGUGUCUCAUAUUGAAUUUGCAUACUGAAGGAUAUUCUUCUAUUGUUUGGGGAGUCCCACGGCUUAAUAUCUUUAGUUGCUUGCCUCUGUGUAUAAGCAUCGUGCGACUGUCGGUCCUGAAGAGGCGACUGUUUUGUUCUUUUUCGCAUGUUAUAUAUAGUUUUUAUAAAUGAUAAGAAUAUUAUUAAACAAACAAAUUUGUCGAAAUGGCUAUAAAAUUUCAAGAGACUA